AGGUAGAACGCCAUAUGAAGCGAUGUUUGGCUGCACGGCUAGAAUUGGUUUAAUGUCGUCUAAUCUUCCAAACGAUGAAAUAAAAGAGGUCAUUACGGAAGAAGAUUUAGAAAAAAUAACCAAUGAACCAAUCACCGAAGAAGACGAAAUCGGAAAUUAAAUCAUAGAAAUCGUAGAAAAAAAUUCGGAACUUGAUGAUCGUCAAGAAAAUAUUUGUAUUGCACGUAAAAAUUCAAAAAAAAAUUUAGAAAAACAAGGAGAGAAAAUGAUGAAACUUUCCAAAGAAAAGUUUCCUCAGCUUGAAAUAGGCACAACUGUACGUGUAACUAUACCGGACGUUGAUAGAGCUCGUGGUUCUCCGCGAAAUAUACUGGCAGUUGUCACCCAAGUUGAACAUGACUUAUACAAACUCUGUACGGAACAUGGUUUUCUUAAAUAUAAUUACACACGCCAAGAAAUAGCUGCUUGCGAAGAAAAUCUAUUAGACAUGUACAAUGUGAUAAAAUUAGCAGGUGAUAGACAGUUGACACUGAGGGAAGCAGCUAGUAAUAGUUCGGUUGCGGGCCCUCAAGGGUACCAGCGUUGCCAUUGCAAGACUGGUUGUAAUAAUAAACGUUGUGCCUGCCGUGGGGCUGAAAAAUUAUGUAAUAAUAAAUGUCAUGGGAGUACAAAUUGUAAAAACAAAUAAAAAAUAAUAAAGCAUUUUUUCUAUUUUUAAAAAUACCUAUUUUGUAGUAGGUAUUUGAGAUUCACGUGCAUAUCUGGUCUAUAACAACAAUUACCUGUGUAUUUGGUCAUUAAUGUGAUUAUCCGGUUUAUAACGAUAAUUACCUGUGUAUUUGGUAAAUAACGUUAAUAACCGGUGAAUUACGUUAAUUUCCAUUUAACAUCA